AUGUUUAAGAACCUUGGAGUGCCCAUGGUCCUGUACCUUGUGAUUGUAGUGAUGAUCACCGCCUUCUUCAGACCCAGUCUCCAUCGACUGUACCAGGACUCGGGAGAACUCCCGCCUGGCUGGGAGAGUCGACUACUGGGAAGGGAGACGGAGUCGGAGUGGGAAACUCGCAUGGCGAAUAUCCACCAGGACAGGAGGGAAGCUCUACACAGGGCGUGUCAGAGGUUCAACAUGAAGGGCCCUCCCCCGCCGCCGAGGAAGCUGCACAAGUUACGGUAUAACGACCCGUACCGGCUGGUGUACUGUGACGUGGCGAAGGCCGGAAGCACCACCAUGAAGCAGAUCCUAGCCAAGGUGGACCCAAACUACGACUACAUCAGGAAGAACGGACUGCACGACCAGGGAGCUUUCAAGGACCUAAGCCAAUUCCCUUCUGGUUCCCCCGGCCUGACCCACCGCCUGACGAACUACACCAAGUUCAUGAUCGUGCGUGAGCCGCUGGAGAGACUGCUGUCCGCUUACCAGGACAAGUUCAUGUACGGACGGGGCGUCCGGGAAUACGAGAACAACUACGGUAAACACUUCCUGGAAGUCAGGACGCCCAACGAUGCGGACAGAUGGCAGAAGAUGGCGACCCAUGCGUCUCCCUCCAAGGUCCGACUGAACGUGACGUUUGCGGAGUUCGUGCGCGGUGUGCUGACGGGAGAGGAGCGGUACUUCAAUAUACACUGGCAGCCUCAGCACCUGAUCUGUCAUCCUUGUCAGUUGCAGAUUCGCUAUGACUACAUCGGCCACUUGGAGACCAUGAGUGAUGACGUCAGGUACAUCAUGCAGAAGACCGGCAUCAUCGAGAAGGUUGCACCACCAAAGCAAUCCGCUAGGCGCGCUGGUAACAACAUGGCGGCCAUGUACGCUAAUAUCCCGCUGAAACACAUCAGGCAGCUGGGCAGAAUGUACGCUUUUGAUUAUGUAGCCUACAGUUUUCCCUUCCACCAGACUGUAAGGGACAUUGUUAAAGUGUGGGAGGACGAGCUGCAGCUGUAAA